AAAUCCCAACGUUUGGUGAAGUCUGGAAGGCGAACACGUCCCUUCCGCGCCGCUCUGCGGAGAACCGAGACAGCCUCCAGCAGUCUGCUACAGGCUUCCCAUCUCCCUCCUCGCCCUGCCGUCUACACAAAACACACGGCGCGCUCCCAGCUGUAACCGUACGGGCUGCAGGGACAGAAUACAAAGCUGGAGGCGGGAGAACUGGAGACAGAAAUCAGAGAAAAGCCUGCUCCAGGCUAAGGAGCGCAGCACGCCUACCCAGCCGGCGCAGAAAAGAGCCCGUUUGUCAGCGCGCAGGUAGAAACCUGCUGCAACUUUCUGCUUACAGAUGGCAGAAGCGAAGCAGAACUGCUCGCUGCCAGGCGGGGCGGGGGAUGCGAAAGCAUUUCGAGCAGCAUUGCAAAGCACCAGCGGCUGCUGAAGCGGCUUUGAAGAAAUCCGCGCGGUUUAACCCAGCGGCCGAGGCCGCAGCCAAACGAAGAGGAGUCGCGGGAAGAGGCUGCCGCCGGGUGAGGGCUGCGCGGAGCCGAAGUAGCGGGGCUCAGCUGGAGCCUUCUAAAGCCAUUUUUAAUCGCAGUGUUACAGAAACGCGCUGGGAUCCGUUUAUUGGGGGGCGGGAACACGUUAUCCACGAGCUGGGCUACAGUUCCCGAACCCUUUCUAAGCUAAGCUGCAAACAAUCAGCUGCCAGCCCCCAGCAGGGAGCUCCUCUUUCCUCCCGCAGCCCGGGCAGCAGCACGUUGGCAUUGCUGAGCUUGGAGAAGGAGCUCGGGAGAUGGGGCCGGGGUCCGAAGAAUGCCCCCGCACCCGGAGGAGGGCGCGCGGUACGAACCGCCCCACAGCUCGCGUCCAGGCUUUGCUCUUCCCCAGCUUCUCCCCAGGUCCGGCUUCUCUUCCCGAGAACCACUCCGUUUUCUGCCAGGCUUCGGGCGCGACCACUUAGGAGCGUUUCGAGGAAUUUCAGGACUGCUCGUCGCCAGAGCCCUGCUGAUCCGCCGCGUGUCCCGCGCGAGCCCUGCGCGCAGGCCGCUCUCCAGCGCCCGAAGCUGAGCCCAGCCCGGCCAGCCAAGCAACGCGGCUCCCGUGCUCUCGGCGAGCUCAGGCACAAAUUCCAGAUAAGGAAACAAGACGAGGAAACUGCCUGCAGAGCUUCCACGCACGCGAGGCCCGACGCGCGGGUCCUCACCCGCUCUUCUCCCCGUUUUCCACGCGCGCGUGGGAGCUUUCACCGCGGCGUUUCAAAAGACGCCGCCAGCCCCGUGCUGCCAGGGCGUGACAGCACCGCUGGCUCCCCCGUCCCCCCCUGGCACGUAGCCACUCGGCCGGGCCCCGCACCCCUUUUGUUCCCCGCCUCUCCUCGGGUGUAAGAGAGGAAUUUUAACGCUAAUAAAACGUAGAAAGCUCCAGGCCUGCGACGAGACGUUUCUCUCCCUCCCCUCGACGUUUCGGUCCAGCCUGUUCUAACCCGCUUCCGCCGGCGGGCAGCAA